AGUGCCAGCCCGCCUGUCUGUGUGCUGAAGUGAAACUACUACAGGAACAAGCUGCUGCGGUCGUUAAUGGGCUCGGACGACCCGCCAAAUGAAUCUAAACAUGGCUCCGCGGUCUAAACUAUUUAGAUAAAGCUGCUGUAAAAGACGAACCAUGUGGAGAGUCCAGGGUUUUGUUGGAAGAGUACUUCAUCGUUGCCAUGGCAGCACCCCCCUGCGACUACCCCAGAACCACCACGUGGAGGACGAGGUCAUCAGCAGCUCAUCUAUCCUCUCCACCUCACGACACUCUUCUGACAGCAGCUCUCAGAAGGAGCAGGAUGGAGAGAGAAGGAAGAAACAAAGGACCUUUCAAUUUGGCUACGCUGAGCUUCCACAUUACACAGUACUGGAUGCUGUGGGAUGGGGUGCAGCAGCAGUUCUGUUUAUGCAGAUCUGCAAAAGGAUCCGCUCUAAGUUCUCCUCAGGCACAGAGCCCAGUCCGACCCCUGGAUCUCUGACAGCCCCCUCCUUGCUACACAAGUGUGGCUACCACAUCCUUCUGGAGAACUUAUCCAGGCAUGACGUCCUGCCCAGAGGAAGGACUGUGUUGUGCCUGCAGGGGGUGCCAGAGAGACAGAACCACGAUCAAACGGCAGCUCAGACCAGCAGCAGUAGCACAGGUGAUGCCAGUCUUCACAGCAGCAGUGAGCAUCUGAAUACUGACAGCUCAAUCUCUGACCACCAGAGGGCACUCCUGAACCAGGAUUCACCUAUACCCGACUCAGAGGAAUCACCUCUGUCAGCAUCCCAUCCUCUGCAGAAUGACGCAAACCAAGACAACACUGAGACAAAAGACGCUAAUGACAAGGACAUAUUGUCUGAUGAGGAGAGGCUGGCAGGAGUAACACUGAACCUCAGACAUGUGGGAGACAACAGCAUCCCUGUUAUCCUCAACAUCAUUGGUGUAGAAAGUGUCAAGAGCGAGAACUACGAGCAAGCUUUUACCUGUUUUCAAGCUGCAGCUGAGCAGGGUUACAACAAAGCCCAGUUUAAUGUGGGUGUGUGCUAUGAGAAAGGCAGAGGAGUCAGCAAGGACAGAGAGAAGGCUCUGAAUUACUACUGGCAGGCUGCGGUCGGCGGUCACACUCAAGCUCAGUACCGUUAUGCAAAGCUGCUCCUGACCAGCAGGGGGCAUCAGAGUUUAGAGGAGCUGAAAACAGCCAUUGACCUGCUGGAACGGGCCGCUGCAGCUGGACUCACCAAGGCUCAGGUCUGCCUUGCAUCGGUCUUCUCUCAGGAGCCGGUGAGAGACGGGAGCAAGUCUGUCAAGUACCUGAAGAUGGCAGCAGAGGGCGGGGAUGACACCGCUCUGCUGUUCCUGGGUCAGUGUUACGAGAACGGUUUCGGGGUGCAGCAGAACCUGAGAACGGCGUUUGAGUUCUACAAACAAGCCGCUCACACAGGAAACAAGCAGGUUCAGAGCUUACUGACACCUUCUAAUGACACAGACAGAAAGGCAGAAGAUGCGGUGUUGCGCUCCAUCCGUUCAGCUCCCUGUUUCUCUGUAGCCAGCCGUUUGCUCCAGCAGCCGCUCUCCCCUCUGGCCAGUUGUGUCCCUGCGUCCACCAGUCACCCCACCACCCUUCCCCUCCUGCCGCACUCCUGGAGCACUGGGAGCCUGUGUGCCCCCCCGGUGCUGUCGUCCACGCCACUUCACCUCCAUCCCCACAGCACAGAGGGGGGAACCUGCCAAUGGACUGUGGGGAUUGGAUAGUUAUCCUGAGUCACCAAAGGCCAAAAUGAGGAAUGUAUUUCACAGUGACUGAUUUUUUUUACCAGAGAAGGUCAAAGUGUGUUAGGUUUGUACAUAUUGUGAAGCCUGAAUAGAGUGAAUCGGUUUUAUACUUGGUCAAGUAUGUUGAUAUAUUGUGAUUUUUUUUUAUAAUAAGUCUGAAAGAGCUGUGGAUACAGGGUCUGACAAUAUUGUGUACAGAAUGAGGUAUGGAGUCUUUUCUAUUAUAUAUUUCUGUGUUUUCUUAUAAGCUUCCCUGUAAUAUAAAAUAUGCUAUGGGUCAGAAAAUGAUCUAGGUGCCUUUGAGUGGGUUGAGAAUCUCAGGUGGUUACUGGUUUCUCUUUCCUCUGAUGUGGGAUUAAUCAUAUAAAAAAUGUUGAUCAUAAUUUUGUUUCCUGUAAAAUGUAUUGCUGAGUUUACACCACUGAAACAGUAUCAUAUUUAUCCUCCAAUAAUACAAUUGCUUAGGUAUAAUGGUUCAGUGCUGUCUGUAAUUGUAAAAGGUAUAAAUGAGGGACUACAGUUGGGGAGAAAAGGAAGUGUGAACCAUACAACUACCAGAGUGAAUUAUGAUGCACUGUGAGGAAGAUGUUCUGUGUGACUGUUAAACAAAAAAAAUAAAUAUCCUAAAAAGCUA